AUGGCCAAAAGCGGGCCGGCAACUUCCUCGCCUUGCUUCUUUCUGCCUGCCGCAGGCGUCGAGCUCCGGUUUCAGGAGAAGCUGGUGGGCGGCUCGGCGCUGGACACCACCGGCGUGCCACUCCUUGACGAGACGCUCGACGAGGCCAAGGGUUCGGACGCUGUUCUCCUCGGCACCAUUGGAGGCUAUAAGUGGGAUACCAAUGAGAAGCACCUCAAGCCUGAGACCGGGCUGCUGCAGCUACGUGCCGGACUCGGGGUCUUUGCCAAUCUGCGACCAGCUGUAGUUUUGCCGCAGUUGGUAGACGCAUCCACUCUGAAGAGAGAGGUAGCUGAAGGUGUUGACAUCAUGGUUGUCAGGGAGCUUACUGGAGGCAUCUACUUCGGCAAACCCAGGGGUUUUGGAACAAAUGACAAGGGAGAUGAUAUUGGCUUCAACACAGAAGUUUAUUCAGCCACUUUUUACUCACAACUUCACUCCGAAACAAACUAUUAA